UCAACUAACACCGCCCCUAAGGCUCGAAUCUUUUUGUUUGUAACCCGUCCCAGCCCACUUCUACCUCACGCCACCUCGGUGGCAGCCGCUGGCCAACAGAGUACGGAACGGCAGACUACAAGAUGUUUGCAGACUGCAGAACAGCGACAGACUACCUAUUUGCCGCUCGGGACUGAAUCAUUGGAUGUCAUUCUACGCUGCUGCAGCGGUGCGAGACCGUAGUGGCCCUGAAAACCUCGCCCGUCGCUUCUGAUGUCCACAUGGCGGCCUUAAGGCCGGCCAACCAGUCAUCUACUACUCACUGCAUUAUCGCAUAGGUGCAAGCCACAUGUCGCUUUUCCAGAACCAGGUCGAACUCCAGACCCGUCUCCCCGACCGUCGCCACCCCCAUCAGUCCCAACGCCGAGUCCUCGUGUAUGGCAGCGAAGAGUACGUCGGGUACACCUCUCAGGCCGCGCGCUUGUUGACGCGCAGGUUGAGGAGCGUGUCGGUGUUUGUUUGGCCGCCUUGGGGGAAUCUUGGCGGAUCUUGCCAGCGACGAGUGAUGCUGGCCGCGCAGGGAAGGACUCACACGGCUUUGGCGCGAUGGGCCGGGACCUGCUCCGCCUGCCCGAUCAACAAUGAUUCACUGCCCAUCGAGGCACUUAAUAUACGCGCAGGCCCGAAAUCCGGGCGCCUAACGGCGUCUCGUAUGCACCCAAGAAGGAAGAGGGAGGAACAAAGUAUAUGGUUGUUCAAAGAGAGGUUUCACCCGUCUGCGCUGCAUCUUUCCGGUGGUGGUUUCUCGACCUUGCUUGAGUGACGGUGUACUAUGAGCCGCUUUUGGAUCCCUUGUUUUCCACACCAUCCUUCCGACCCUCGAUAACUUGCAAGGCCGCUGGGUGUGAAGGCCUUCCUAUAUGAAGCCUUGCCUUUCCGCCCUAGUCGCCAUCCGUUUCUUCCUUGCCGGUCACUCCUCCUGCUUUCCCCCCACCGCCAUGGAUCUCAACGACAUCAUCCGCGGUGCCCUGCCGACCUUCAUGGGCAAUUCCACCCACGGCGGCAACCGGUCUGCCGAGAACGGCCUUCCCGACGGCAUCUUGGAUACCAUCUCGCCUCUUCUCGGGUUCCAGUUCAAUCCUUUGAUGAGGCUGUUCGUUCUCAUCUACAACUUGGUCGGCAGCCACCUCGGCCUCGAUCCGACCUACGUCCUCACCUUGGUCGGCUUGGUCUGGGCGGCGAGCAAGCUCUGGGGACAGCUGUACGCGAGCUUUCACGCCCUGGCUCGGCAGUACUUCAUGGCCAACGUCGAAGUGAGCGGCACCGACGACAUUUACAACCACAUGAUGAAGUGGCUCGCGUCGCAGCCGUGCAUAGCCAACUCGCGCUCUCUCACCGCCGAGACGGCAUCCAAGGGCGCCUGGGAGGAGGAAGACGAGUCCGAUCUCAUGACGACCCGCGUUUCGCCCGACGGCGCCGGCAUCUACCUCAACUUCUCCCACCAGGAGGCCAAGGCCGCCCCUCGCUUCAUUCCGGCCAUGGGCAAGCACAGCUUCUGGUUCCGAGGGCGCUACUUCAGGCUGCAGAGGAAGCAGGAGUCGCUGUUCGACCCCGACGGCGGGUCCCAGGGCAUGCUCCCGUUCAAGGACAAGGAGGUCCUCGUCCUCUCGUGCUUCGGCCGCUCUCCCGAGCCCAUCAAGCAGCUGCUGCAGCACGCCAAGGAGCAGUACUACCUCGACCACCAGGCCAAGACGAUCGUCAGGCGCCCGUCGAGCCAGGCAGUGCGCCGUUACGGCCAUCGGCACUCGUGGCAGCAGGUCGCUGACCGGCCUGUUCGGCCCAUGAAGACCGUGGUUCUCGACGAUGAACAGAAGAUGCGCAUCCUCUCCGACAUGAACGAGUACCUCCACCCGGCUACGCCUCGCUGGUACGCGAACCGAGGCAUUCCUCUCCGGCGAGGCUAUCUCUUUCACGGCCCGCCAGGCACGGGCAAAACAUCACUGUCGUUUGCGCUCGCCGGAGUCUUUGGCCUCGACAUCUACGUCAUUUCGCUACUGGACCCCACCCUGACCGAGGAGGAUCUGCUGGCCCUGUUUACUUCUCUGCCCCGGCGCUGCGUGGUGCUGCUCGAGGACAUCGACACCGCGGGGCUCAAGCGCAACGAGGAACCCACCUCCUAUGAAGACGGCAAGGGCUCAGAGGAGCGCAGCGAGAACAGGACUGACGACAAGGACGGGAAGACCAAGAAGAAGAGCAAAAGGGACCGCGACUGGAACGUGUCGGACCUGGCUCGCGAACUAAAGCGUCACGGCGGCGGCGACUCGACCGAAAAGAAGGGCAUCUCGCUGUCCGGCCUCCUCAACGCCAUCGACGGCGUCGCCUCGCACGAGGGCCGCGUGCUCAUCAUGACGACCAACAAGCCCGAGACGCUCGACGAAGCGCUGAUCCGCCCGGGCCGCGUCGACCUGCAGGUGGCCUUCACCAACGCGACGCAGGAGCAGGCCCGGGAGCUCUUCAUGCGCAUGUACGAGCCCGACAGCAACAGCAGCAGCAGCAAGAGCAGCAGCAGCAGCAGCAGCAGGCCGUCCGCCACCGUGGUCGCUGACGAUCACGGCCUCUCCCCGCUCACCCCCUUCUCAGACCCGCCCUCCACCCCGUUCUCCUUCACGUCCGACAAAGACGGCAACAUGACCGACGUGUCGGGCGCCACCGAAGUCGAAGUCGACGACGACAGCGAGGACUCGUUUUCCCCCUCCCCGCCCUGCGCCCCAACAACCACAACCACAACCACAACCACAACCACAACCACAACCACAACCACUUCAACCACCACCUCAACGCAAAACUCCACCCCCAAGAAACUCCCCACCCCACUGAACCUCGCCAGCCCGGCUCUCGAAAACCACAACAAGGACCACCACAACAAACCGGGCCGCACCAACAACCACACCGCCGAUCCCGCCAGAACCGCCGCCGCCGCAGAAGCAGCAGCAGAAGCAGCGGAUGACGACCUCGCCCGCAUCGCGGCGCAGUUCGCCGCCAAGAUCCCCCCCGGCCAGUUCUCGCCGGCCGAGCUGCAGGGUUUCCUGCUGAAGCGCAAGAAGGCGCCGCGCCGGGCGCUCGCCGAGGUCGACGGGUGGGUGGCGGGGAUGCUGGCGCAGAAGGCGCGGGGCGGGCGGGUGUUGGAUGUUCAGUGACGUGAGGUGAGGGAAUGGAUGGAUGGGUUGGUUGGUUGGGGGAAUGGAUGGGUUGCUUGGUUGGUUGGUUUCAGGGGAGAGUGAGGAAUAGUGUGUUCGGUUCGGUUCGCUCGGGAGGGAAGGUAUGGGAUGGGCGCUGGGCUGGGCUGGGAAGGGCAGGGAAGGGGGAUAAUCGAGGAUGGUAAGGGCGCAGAUUGGGCGUUGCAUUUUUCUUGUUUCUUUGUUCCUCUUGUUUCUCUGGUCCACCGGUAGGAGUUGCCUGGAUGG